CACACACACAGGCGCUGGGUCCUCCCUGUGAGCAGCGUGAAUGCGAGACGUAAUUGCUCGGGUCCUGAUUGAUCUGGAGAGGAGGUGUUGUCUUCAGAGGUUGAGCCAUUCUGCGCUCUGAUGCCAAGCGCACAUGGAGGACAGUGCCAAAGACUUCUCUCACCUGGCGAGCCCGCCGUCCACGGAUCUUGGAUUUCCAUUAUAGCAGGACAACAACUGCAUUUACGUUUUAGGGGUUUUUAAAGAAAGAAUAUUUGACUUUUAAGACUGUUUUUGGAAUUGAGGUCGUCCGAGGUUAAAGACGCUGCUGCGGGUCGGAGUGAUUGUUACGCAUCGCUAUCUCAGGUCAAGUGGCACAUAAUUAGUGCCUCACGACAGUCGAAUGCAAUUUAGUCUGUUCACAGAGUACAAGUGUUAGUUUGUGCCGUGAUAACGACUAGACUAGCGCGGUGGAACAGUACCAGGGCUGUGGAGGAAAGUUUGGAGAGGUCUUCUGGAGCGCGCACAUUAGUCCGAGUGUCCGGGAGAUGCUGCUGUAAAUGCGGGGCGAUGUCCCGACGGAAGCAAGGCAACCCACAGCAUCUGUCCCUCACACAGAGGGAGAACCUACCGACUGGAGCAGAUCAUGACGCAUCAGAGGGCUCCACAGCCAGCCCUGUGGCCGGAGCCGGAGAGAGUGACCUGCUGACCUGCGGUCAAUGUCAAACCAACUUCCCCCUGGGAGAUAUUCUAGUGUUUAUCGAGCACAAAAGGAGACUGUGCCCCGGACCCAGCGCCUGUUUCAACAAACCAACUGACAGCGGCGGCUCCCCGUCCCCCAGACCCCCACGGCCGGAAGUCUGCCGGAGGUCUGGACCGGUGGAGGUUGGGAUCCAGGUCACACCAGGAGAGGAGGAGGAAAAACGACUGACGCCCGCCAGAGGAAUCUGCCCCAAGAAGGAGGGUGUCCCAACAGGAAAAGAUGAGCCCUCCAGCUACAUCUGCACCACUUGUAAGCAACCCUUUACCAGUGCAUGGUUUCUGCUGCAGCAUGUACAGAACACCCAUGGGAUACGCAUCUACCUGGACACCCACCCUACUAGCUGUUCGCUUACCCCUCGCAUGGCCCUUCCUCCACCACUGGGGGCUGACGCCUUGCCCCGUUCCCCUCUAGCCAGCUUUCUGGGCGAUGGCAGCAACCCUUUCCAUCUGUUGCGUAUGGGUGCCCCACUGCUACGAGAUCCUCCACCACCCGGAUACAUUGAAACCCGAUUGCCAUCUACCCCGCCCUUUGUAAGCCCUCCGCCACCCCGCCAUCCUCUGGAACGUCUUGGCCCUGAGGAGAUGGGUCUCCUGUCCCAGCAUCCAAGUGCUUUUGAGCGGGUGAUGCGGCUGACACCCAUGGGCAUUGAACCAUCCAUGGGCUUCUCUCAGCGUCUUCGUGAAUUGGCGGGCAACAACAACAAUGGUGGUCCCACUCCCCCUCUUUCACCUAACCGUGUGCCCCCCAUGCAUCGGCUUCUCAGCCCCACUCUGUUCCAGACUGGCUCCAAACCUCUACCUUUUCUAACCACACCCUCACAGCCGCCAUCAAUUCCAUCCAGAGGCAAUUCUUCACCACCACUAAAUCAGGUCAGCAAAGCUAAGUCCUGUGAGUUUUGUGGCAAGACUUUCAAGUUCCAAAGCAACUUGGUUGUGCACAGACGUAGCCACACUGGCGAAAGACCCUAUAAGUGUCAUCUCUGUGACCAUGCAUGUUCGCAGGCCAGCAAGCUAAAGCGCCACAUGAAGACGCACAUGCACAAGUCAGGCUCCAUGGGGAGUUCACCUGAGCAGGGAGGGCAAGACUCAGCUGGAGAGGGGCUUAAGAACAGUGAGGAAAAUUGCACGAGGGAGGUAUUGGAUAAUGAGGAGGAGGAAGAAGAAGAGGAGGAGGACGAGGAAGAAGAGGAGGAAGAAGAGGAACAACAGCAAAAUGGAAGCAGGCCUGAAUCCAACCUGAGCAUGGACUCGGAGUUGAGCAGAAACAGAGAGAAUGGCCCAAGACCCUCCCCAGAGGAGAAACCAGUGACCACUGACAGAGUGACAGAAAGCCAAUACAACAACCUUGACAAUCACUUCAGACUGCCACCGGGCAGCAGGCCAUGCAAGGAGAUGGACACAGAUUCGGCAUCCAGAGAGACUGACAGAAACAGGAGGCCCAUGGUGAAUGGCAGAGGCUGUGGCCCGGAGGAUCCCAUCUCAGCAUUGUUCCACCGGAAGCCAAUGCCUAUUUCCAGCUCCAGCCUCACUGGGUCUUCCGCCAAGAGGAUCAAAAUAGAGAAGGAUGCAGAGCUGCCUCAGGUGCCCGUAAUAUCCCCUGAAAAUGUGUAUUCUCAGUUGCUUGCCAAUUAUGCUGCAUCCCACCACUUCAUAAGGGAGCCCUUCCUGGGCUUCAACAACUCCAGGCAGUCACCUUUUGGCACUUCUUCCGAGCACUCUUCAUCUGAGACAGGCAGCCUGCGCUUCUCCACCCCUCCAGGGGAAAUUCUGGAAGGCGGUGGGAUGUCGGGGCGAAGUGGCAGCAGUACACCUCACCUCCAUCUGCGGGGUCCUGGGCCAGGGAGACCACCCUCCAAGGAGAGUCGACGGAGUGACACCUGUGAGUACUGUGGUAAGGUGUUCAAGAACUGCAGUAAUCUGACCGUGCAUCGGCGCAGCCACACAGGUGAGAGGCCUUACAAGUGUGACCUGUGCAGCUACGCUUGUGCCCAGAGCAGCAAGCUUACCCGGCACAUGAAGACCCACGGGCAGUUUGGCAAAGAGGUGUAUCGCUGCGAUAUUUGCCACAUGCCCUUCGGCGUGUACAGCACCCUGGAAAAACACAUGAAGAAGUGGCAUGGAGAGCAUUUGCUGACCAAUGAGGUCAAACUUGAGCAGGCUGACAGAGCUUGAGACCACUUACCAAUGCACUGCAUUAUGGGUUUUAGCUGGAUAGUCUUUUUCUUGACUAUUUAUCUUUUGGAGUGAUUUGAUUUUUUUUUUUUUUUGUGAAAACAAACUGCCACCUGAGAAACAAGAACACAGGGAAAUGUUAGUCUGCGGUUCUAAAACCCUUCUUGCAUAUCCCAGCAACUAACAGAGGAGUAGUCCAUUAGGAAUUCAUGGAGCCUUUCUACUGUGCAAUAAUUUCUGUAUUUAUUGGAUUAUUUGUAAUGAUACAUGGCAUGUGCAGGUACAUUAUUGAUGGGUUUCUAAUGCAUUCAGUUCCUGAAAUUAUAUUUCUACACCCCAUCUUAUGAUGUGACAAAUACUGAGAUUUUGGCAUUCAGCCAGUUUUGUGUUAUAAACUAGUUUCCUCAAAGGAAACAAAUGGGUAGUUUCUAAAAGAAGAGGUCAGCUUCGAAAAAUCUGAGAAGGUUUUCAUGUUAUUGUUGCUGUCAUUGGCCCCACUUAUCAUGGGUUAUAUUCAGUAGAUAGAUGUAAAGCACUGAAUGUCACUUUGACAAUAAAAUAGUCAAUUUUAAGGGGCAAAAAACCCAGGGAUGUUUAAAGGAAGCUGAUAGGCAGUUUGACUGCAUCUGAAUGAUUUUCUGUUGACAACCUUUGAAAUGAAUGAGACGAAAUUAAAUGCAAGUUCAUCAACCAUGACAUUUAUGAGAAUGAUUCCGUGCAAAUGACAACAAAAAUGACUAUAUUAUGGUUCCCGUAUAUAAACAGUAUUGAGGCUACCAGUGUUGCAUUACCGACAUAUUUUUUCAAAAGGCUGACAUUUUUUAAAGCCCAGAUUUUAUUUUUAAAGAUCAAAAUGUUUACAUUCACUCAAAUUAACAUUCAUGCCAUUUCGUCCAACUUCAUCUAUCCCUUAAUUCUAUUUGAUUGCUUUCCAAACCUUCUACAAGGUCAAAUCCUUUCAUAUGUUAAUGGUAUUAUAAUAUGUUUAUUGUGCAGUCUUGACUAAUUCAACCUGGAUUCACUUGUUAAGGGAAGCCAUUAGCUUGUUACAUAUCAAAUUGUUAUCAUAGGCUCAUAUGGAGGAUUUUUUAUCGCUGCAUUCCUAUUAAAUUAUUUAAGGGAUGUGUUCAUACACAAAUCAAUCUAUCAUGGAAUCAAAAAUGAAUUAGCAGCUAUUUGGACACCAAUAUAAAGCACAGGUGCUAACCUGUAGAAAUCAUUUGAGUAAACACACACACAGGCCAUUAAGCUGUAGCAGCAUUAUACGCACCAUCCUGUGCGUUGUUGAAACCGCAAUCACUGAAUUGUGUUGGGGCUCUCUAGAAGCCCUGGGUGACUGCCUGUCCUCUAAAGGAUCCUAGGAUUAAAUGAUUUCCUCAUUACGACCUCUGUUCCUACACACUGAAUCGCCUCCACCUGUCUCCUUUCAUACAUCAUCAGCUCAAAUUUACACCACAGUCCUCGCCUCCGCCCCGCAUAUGCCACUGUUCUCUAUCUGCGUAUUCACUAUUUACAACAUCCUGUCUUUUAUAUUCAUGACUUUUUACAGUUUACAUUUUAUUUUUGACUUGAAUAGAAAGUUGAAUUUAAGCUACGGCUGCAUAUGUUGCCUGCUUGAAAUCAGUCAGCUGGGUACAUCAUAAAGAAAUGUACAGCACAAUGAUGAGAACCAUUUUUAAAUACGGAUGUGUAGUUUAUCACCUACUUGUCAGAUACUUAGCAAACCUCUCUUUGCAUAAAUGACAGGAAGUGGCCAUAACUUGAAAGAAAAUCAGGAGGAAAUGUGUUGUAGUCAAGAAAGCAUGUCGAAUUUAAGUGCUACCAAUGGCUUUCGGAGAUAGACGUAACCAGACAACACGGACGUGCCUCAAAUUAAUAUUCAGCCUUUAUCUUCUGAUGUAGUUCAAACUCCCGCUAUACAGCGGACAAAAACAAUCCAUGAACAAAUGAUCAUAACCAGUAUCAUUUCAAUUCAUUAAGAGGAAUCAAAUCAAAUAAAGUCGUAAAGGAAGACUGUUCAUUUAUUUGGGAAAUGUAAAGUGUGCUUCAUUUUUAAGGGAAAGUUUUAACGCACAGAUUUGUUUGAGAAAUUACUAAGCCAUUUCUUCUUUCUUAGAUGGACUAGAGAAUUAUUGACAGUGGAGAUAAAACAAUUAAUUGGAAUGAAAAAAAAUAUAACUAUGACACUGUCUUUAAAUUAUGUUUACAGUGUUGAAGUAUAAGGAUACUGAGCUCUUCUGUAUAUGUGUUUUAAAUGAGACAAAUGUUUUGUCCUCUGUUUUUCUACAAUAUUGAAUAUCAUAGCAGGGUUUUCUCCUUUUUCCCUUUGUUUCUUUCCCUCCCCUCCUUUUUUUUUGGUGCAGGUAUUUCCGUACAUUUCUAUGGAUAUAUGCGCGUGUAUGUUUUGUUCAUUGUUAAAUUCUCAAUGUAUUUGUAAUUUCAGUGGCAUUUUAUGAAAUGAUGCAAAAAAAACUUUAUAUUUUGCAGUCCAUUAUGAAAUUGUGAGUCUAUUCAAAUGUUUUGUCACUAUAUCUGUUCAUGAUUUUGGUAAUUCCAUCCACAGGAGGAUGUAAAAAAAUAAAAUAAAAAUGAAAA